CGCCUCUGCCUCCGUCCCUGCUGCCUCUCUUGUUUUGGGUCGCUUCCUACACGGUUGUUGCCCUGUUCUCAUUAUCAACCUUCCAUUGUUCCUCAAUCCUCUCCACAAGCAAUUUUCCUCUUCCUCAUAAGAUAUAAAUUGAUGAGGACAUUUUGUGGAAACUUGACGUUAGAGAGAAGAAUGAAGGAGCAACAUCUUUAGUUAAUUUUGAUGAAGGAGUUGAGGGGUGCCAUUGAUCCCAAGCGUCACUACAAGAAGGGUGAUUCAAAAUCAAAGACACUUCCCAAGUAUUUCCAGAUGGGAACAGUUGUAGAUUCUCCAUUGGACUUCUUCUCAGGAAGAUUAACAAAGAAGGAGAGGAGAGCAUCAUUAGCAGAUGAGCUGCUUGCUGAUCAAAACCUUGUAGCCUAUAGGAAGCGGAAGGUUCGAGAAAUUGAAGAACAAAACAAACCAGCUGGGAAUGAAAAUUGGAAGAUUAAAGGCGGGAGUUCCCGGAAGCGAGCAAAAGAAAAGAGGAAUUGCUGAAUUUCCACCCUUUUUAAGAUGUAGACACUCUCCUAAAUGCUUUGAUGAGUUUAGAAUUAUUAUCAUUAUUUGAAAAUAUCCUAGUUAUCUGUAAAACCUAUUGAUGCUUCAGAAAAUGUUUAUUUUAUGGCUGAGUUGAUAUCCUGUGUUUAGAAAA